UAUGCUAGAAUUCAUGAUUUUUUGGGUGGAAAAGGAAAAAAAUGGAAUCUAAAUUUAUGUUUUUUUGGUUUUGUUUUCCAUUUUUCCUCAAAGAAUUGAUUUCCGUUAACCAUAAAAUUUACUACUCUCAUAUUUAUGGAACUUUUUUUAGUUUGAAAGUAGUAGGCUGGGCCGUGAUUCGUCGGACGUGACUCACGGUAUAUUUUGAACCAUCGAUCCCUCAUAAUCCAGCUGUCCAUAACCCGUGCGGCACUUCCGCAAUUUCUUUGAACUUAGGUGGCAUUCUUCUAAUCUUCCCGAUAUUUACACGCAUAGUGACGUCUCAAACCAGGCUGGGCUUAUUCUCUCUCAUCAACCUACAUGCUUCUUGAAAACAAGCACACCUACGUCAAAUCUCCACGGUUCAUUUGUCCACGUCAUCGAUCGGUGUCCUCCUUAAUCCAACGGCUCGUCGUCCUCCCAUAAUUCACAGAACCACUCUGCAGCCUCCUCCCUCAAACAAAACCGCGCCCUAGCCUCCAACCACGAGCCCCAACCAUUUCUCUUUAAGGGGUAUAUGAGAUAAAAACGGUGCCUAUUUUGAUGGACGAGAUCUGGGAGAGAGCGGUGGAGACAGCGUUAGACGGGCAAGCGGACCACAAGGGGGCUCGAGCCUUGACACUUGACGGUGCGGUGAAGUGCGUGCAAGGUCGCCUCCCGCCACCGAGCCUCUUGGAAAAAUUUGAGAAUCUUCAACACCUUUCUAUCGCCAACAUCGGCGUUUCAUCUCUAGAGCAGUUUCCUCGCCUUCGAAAUCUCCAGAAACUUAUCCUUUCAGAUAACAGAAUCGCCGGUGGUCUCGAGUUCCUUGUUGAAGCCGGCCUCGACUCGCUCCGAGACCUUGAUUUGUCCAACAAUCGGAUUCAAUAUAUAGAGGAUCUUGCCCCGCUUGCCCAGCUAAAGCUUGUUUCGCUGGAUCUUUAUGAGUGUCCCGUUACCAGAGUUAAGGAUUAUCGAUCCAGGGUUUUUGGGUUGAUUAAAUCGUUGAAAUAUUUGGAUAAAAUGGAUGCUGAGGAGAAUGAAAGGCCGGAGUCGGAUGAUGAGGAGGAAGAUGAAGAGGAUGAUGAUGAAGAUGAUCCAGGGAGUGGGGAAAUCGAUGGUGAGGAUCGGCCGUACAGAAUGAAUAAUGGGCAUAGCGAAGGAGGGGAGGGGAUCGUUGAUGUUGAUGAGGAUGAAGAGAGCGAUGCCGACGAAGAAGAGACAGAGACAGGUAGAAGAAUAAAUGGGCAGAGCCAUGAGGUGAACGGGUUUCGGAUUGAGGAAGUGGAGAGAGAUGAAGUUGAAGACGACGAGGAUGAUGAUGAUGAGAAUGAUUCAGGUGAGGAAGUUGAUGAUGAGGAGGAGGAGGAGGAGGAAGAUGUUUUGGAAGUUCAUGAGAUUGGGGAUAGUGAUGAUGAGGAAGAUGGGGUAGAAGAUGAUGACGAUGACGAGGAUGAUGAGGAGGAAGAGGUAGAUAAUGAUGAAGGAGAUUUUGCUGAGCCUGAGAGUACUGGGCGUUUGACAAGCACAGAAGGGGAGAUUGAUGGGCAUGAAAAUGGAGAAGUUGAUGGGAAUGAUGAUGGUGAGACUGGUGAGGAAGAAGAGCAAGGUGUUGAAGAUGAAGAAGAGGAGGAUGAGGAUUAUGGUGAAGGUUACCUGGUUCAACCAGUGGGCCAGGCUGAAGAACAUGAUGGUGGAGGUAGUGAUAUGGACCCGGGGUAUGAAGAGGAGGAGGAAGAAGUCGAAGAUGAUGAGGAAGUGCUGCCUUCGACUUCUCAGCUAAAGAGAAAGAGAAGUGAUGAUGCAGAGGAGGAUGAGGAUGAUGAAGAGGAAGAUGAUGUUGUUGAGUUUGCAAAGGCAUCAAAGAAGCAUCAAUAGCUCUUUUCAAUUUCCCAAGUUAGAUGUUUUUGUUAAUGCUUAAAAGCUUGGAAACAGGGGAAACUUGAUGUUAGAUAGAUUGGUUGAUAGUCUGGUAGGGAUGUUGGCUGUGUACUUGGACCCAAUGUUUAGGUGAAGGGAAUUGUGUACCUUGGGUGGCACAUGCUUAGUUCAAAAAGUCGUUAGAGAGUUUGUUCUUCCCGCUUGCUUUUUCUUAUAUAGCCGUUUCUAUUUGUUAAUUCAAAUGGCAGUUAUGUAGGGUUUACCGCUCUCAGGAGUCGGGUCUCGGGAGCCUAUUUCUAAAGGAGAAUGGAGGGAAAAGAGAAGUUAAUAAAUCCUUGUUUUUUCGUGUUUGUCCGAGCGGGUUUUCUAAAGGGGCGUGUGGACUUUGUAAGUUAUAAAAACGAUUGUAGAUAUUAUUGUUAUUCUCCUCGGCGUCGUAUUGAAUCAAGCAAGUGGGCUUCAGGCAAUUGAUGACCUCAGUAAUUUAUUAUCACACAUGUACGGAUGUGACUGGUCGAAUGGGUUUUAUAUAUAUGAGCUGCACGGUCAGAUGUGACAUGGGGCCUUUGCAUCAUGAUCGACAGAUUCUUUUCUGUGAAUAUGAUCCAGCGGUUUGAUUAUCAAUUACUAUGCAUCUUAUCCUUUUUGUCACUUUAAAGAAGGUCAUCUGUGUUGUUGCUGGUAAAAUGCUUUACGUUAUAUAUAGAGUAGGAAGGUAGCUUCAAGCUUCUGGUUGAUAAUAUAUUCACAUUGCAAUGGAUGGUAUUUAUGUAAUUUAGACAAUUGUAAUCUGGUAGAAACUUUAAUUGUGAAAUUGAGCUAUGGUUUAGUCCAGUCUCUGUGUCGUUACUCAGAAGAGCCCAAGACUUUCAGGGCUUGCUGCUUUACCUUUAUCCUUUCAAAACUUAUCA